AUGUUAACUGAGGAGGAAUCAGAUUUAUUAGAGAAGCAAAAUGCUUACAAAAUUCGAGAAUUAUAUAGGAUUUCCUAUGCUAUCGGAGUCAAUUUGACAAAACCGACUUUUCUUAAGGAAAUGUUAAGAAUUGUAAAUAUUUUGUUGCUGAUAAGUAGCACUUUAUCCUUAUAUGGACAUUGGUCGAUGUUUAUAACGUUUAUAGAUGACAUACCAAAAAUGGCUGAGACUAUUUGUACGGCCUUUCAAAACUUGGUAUCACAGGUAAAAAUGUAUUACUUUCUCUUCUGUCAAAUUAAGUUCUACAGAGUAUUGCGUAAAGUUCAAAGGCAUGAGGUGCUCCAAAAAGUGGAAAUAUUUAAAAAGGGUUUUGCGAUAGAAAAACCAUUACGGAAAGAUAUAAAUGCUGCCAUGGACAAGGCUUGGAGAAUGACUCGUCUUCAAUUGCUUUAUUAUAUUUGUUCAUGCACUUGCAUUAUGUGUAAUUAUUUCUUUGGAGCUUUGAUAAUGAACUAUUAUAACUUAGUAAAAGGUACACCGGACUAUAUGUUACGCCUAGCAUUUCCAGCCUAUUAUCCAAUUUGGAAGGACAAAGGUCAAAGUUUUCCAUAUUAUGAAAUACAAAUGUACUUAUCAAGUUGUGGAUUAUAUAUAGCUGGCAUGUGCGCUUUGACAUUUGAUACAACUUAUGUUGUAUUAUGUCAACAUAGUGUGGGUCUAGUGGAUGCGCUCAAAGAGAUGAUAAAGUAUUCUACUUCACCUUUAAUACCAAAACAACGACGGGUUGAAUAUUUACGUUAUUGUAUUAAUUACUACAGAAAAAUAGAAGAUUACGUUUUUGAAGUGAAUGGACUUUUCCAACACAUAAGUUUAAUUCAGUUUCUGCUUAGUCUGAUUAUUAUGGGAAUAGUAAUAUUUCAGAUGAGUAUUAGCUUAGAAUCUGACAAGGGAAGUGUUAUACGCAUGCUCAUGUACAUGUCGGCAGCUGGCUACCAAAUUUGUACGUACUGCAUUAAUGGUCAAGCCAUCAUAACGGCGUGUGAAGGAAUUCCUACGGCAUUUUUUCAAACUGAUUGGUACAAUGAAUCGGAAGAAUUUAAGUAUCUUAUUAAAAUGUCAAUAAUGCGUUCACAUCGCGUAUUUAAAUAUGAUAUCUCUUUGUUUACUGUAAUGUCUUAUCCAACUUUAAUGGCAUUUUUUAAAACCAGUGGAUCGUACUUUUUACUAUUGCGGAACCUAUCUGAAUAA